GUACAUUAAGUGUUCCUUGUCUUUCAUUAUUUGUUUGAACAGCGACUGGUUUCCAACAAAAGAAAUUGGAGGGAAUCUACAUCCGAUGGGGAAACUUCGUGCGUGUUCAUGUAUAAAUAAUGUAAUGGUUCCAAGAUUAUAAAAGUUUGAUACUUUUUUAACCUAUAAGUUUGAUUGAAUUGUGUGUCGUCACACCGUAGACACUGCUUCGAUUUAAAUAACAUAUCAGUCUGCUCGUGCAAUGACCACCAUGCCUAAUUUUACCCCGGAAAUCGCAAAAGCCGUUUUAACCGAUGUUCUGACAGCAUUAAAUACCCCGGAAAAUGUUCAGAAACUCACUGAGGCAAAGGAAAAUUCUGGGAACGAAAUGCUCAAAAUGAUGCAGUUUGUCUUUCCAAUUGUAGUACAGAUUCAAAUGGAUGUUAUAAAAAAUUAUGGAUUUCCAGAGGGACGAGAAGGUACAGUUCAAUUUGCACAAUUGCUCAGAGCUCUAGAAAGAGAGGACUCAGAAAUAGCACAAUUACAUAGUCAAGUUCGCUCAUAUUUUCUUCCACCAGUUACUAUAAGUUCUUCGACCGAGGCAUCGCUUUAAAAUAAAAUGACUUAAAUUGUAA